GAAACAGAGUGCAUAAACGGUAUAUAAGGAAUAAUGCUACCGUCGCAAAAAUGGGAGAAUAUGCAGUAGUAAAAUUUUAUGAGGAAGACGUGGUGUCUGAAGUUCCAACUACUUGGAUAUGUGGAGACAAAGAGAGACCCCUGUGUCGGUGGCCCAAAAAUUCAAAAAAUAUUUCUCUAUUAAUAUAAAAAAAAGUACCACCAAAUGGAACAUGGGAAACAUAUGACGUUGAAGUCGAGCAACAAUGUUUGUCCUUAGAUAAAGCGCGCAAGAUGGUAGAAUAUAUAAGUUGCAGUUCAUCAGAUGAAACACAACUUGGAAGAGGGCGGAGACAAAUUAUCCUUAAUGUACAAUCUACUUCAGAAUCAGAGGACGAUCCGCAGGACUAUGUAACGUAUAGUCAACAGAAAGUGGACAUAACUACUAGCCAGGAUAAUAAACAAACGAAUGACAUAGUACUGCUGAAUGAAACAAUUGAUGAAUGCUUUUCCAAGCACACCCGGAUGCUCGCCUCUAUUAAUGUAAACGUAACUAGCAUCAAGAAACGGCUGUCUAAGUUACAGACAAAUGAGAUUAAAACUCUCCAGAACGAUGCGCUCAUCAAAGAUUUUUGACCAAUGAAAUCCGUAGAUAAUAUUAAAACAUUUGAAAAUGUUUUGCAUAAUUCAAAAGAUGAGGCUUCCCAAUUCGCUGCCCUGAUUAGUAACAUUGGGGGAAAUUCGCCCAAAAAUAAUAUUCAGCGAAUAUUGCUACUGAUUUUUGACAAUUCCUGCGCUACUCAAUGUUCCUGGAAAAGAUUGCGCAACAAUUUUGGUGUAUCAAAGCUAAUUGCUAUAAAAAUUAUGAAAGGUGCCACUCCAGAUGGUCUCAUUAGCGACGAUGGGAUCGUAGAGAUCAAGUGCCCGUUCUCCAUCAGAGAUAAGACGUCGGAUGAAGGAAUCGCAGCAAAUGUACCAGCCGUGGCGGGGAUCUUCAACAAAGAUGGAUCCCUGAACAAACGCCGCAAAUUCUAUUACCAGAUCCAAGGGUAG